CAUUUCUUCUCUUCAGAAGGACAGCACACUUUCUAUGGAGGGCCCAGGACAAUGCAGUGGAAAGUGCUUUGGCUGGGAGGCAGAAGUCCCAGAGGCAGUACUUCUCAGCUUUCACCUCUGACAAGCUUCUCCAGCGUUUCUUCUGUUAAAAUGAGCCCCCAAAAUGCCUACGACCCGGUUGCGAUCGAGUGGCCGACGCCCCCAGUGGGAGUGAGGCCCAGCACGCGAGCUCGGUCCCUCUUCCUAGAGCCAGGUGGGUGCGCACUUCCAGACUCACCCGGCGGCGCAAGCAGGAGAAGCCAGGUGCCCUCUACAAACAUGGCCGCCGCGCCAGCGUCAACCCGGCUCGGGAGGCCGCGCUGCCGCUUGGGAAUCGCAUGUUUGGCGUCACCCGGCCCGGAACCACGUGAUGCAGGAGGUGCCCGAGGCGGCGGGGCUCGCGCUGGUGGAGCCGCCUCGGCGUUCGAGCGGGGUGGGGGCUGCCCGGUUGAGAUUUCCCGGCGGGUCCCGGCCUCUGCGUGCACGCGCCUGCGUGCUCGCGCUCGCGGUUCUGGCGCUGCCGGAAAGGAAUAAUGCUGACAGCAUGUCUGCACAUUCCAUGCUCUGUGAACGAAUCGCCAUAGCCAAGGAACUGAUCAAGAGAGCAGAAUCACUUUCUAGAUCAAGAAAAGGUGGCAUAGAAGGUGGUGCAAAGCUGUGCAGCAAAUUGAAGGCAGAAUUAAAAUUCUUGCAGAAAGUAGAAGCUGGGAAAGUAGCUAUUAAAGAAUCUCAUUUACAGAGCACUAACCUAACACACCUGAGAGCCAUUGUGGAAUCAGCAGAAAACCUGGAAGAAGUUGUUAGUGUUCUUCAUGUCUUUGGUUAUACAGAUACCUUAGGAGAAAAGCAAACCCUUGUGGUAGAUGUAGUUGCAAAUGGUGGUCAUACUUGGGUGAAAGCCAUUGGCCGGAAGGCUGAAGCUCUUCAUAACAUCUGGCUGGGUAGGGGCCAAUAUGGUGACAAAAGCAUCAUUGAGCAGGCUGAAGACUUCCUCCAGGCCAGUCACCAGCAGCCAGUGCAGUAUAGCAACCCUCACAUCAUCUUUGCAUUUUACAACAGUGUCUCCAGCCCCAUGGCAGAGAAGCUGAAAGAAAUGGGCAUAUCUGUGAGAGGAGACAUAGUAGCAGUCAACGCUCUGUUAGAUCACCCUGAAGAGCUUCAACCGAGUGAGAGUGAAUCAGAUGAUGAGAGCCCUGAACUUUUGCAGGUGACCAGAGUCGACCGAGAAAAUAUACUAGCAAGUGUUGCGUUUCCAACAGAAAUUAAGGUCGAUGUGUGCAAAAGAGUAAAUCUGGACAUUACUACUUUAAUCACAUAUGUAUCUGCCCUCAGCUAUGGAGGCUGCCACUUUAUUUUCAAAGAAAAAGUGCUCACAGAACAAGCAGAGCAAGAGAGAAAAGAGCAGGUUCUACCUCAGCUGGAGGCCUUUAUGAAGGACAAGGAGUUGUUUGCUUGUGAAUCUGCUGUCAAGGACUUUCAGUCUAUUUUAGAUACCUUAGGAGGACCUGGGGAGAGAGAGAGGGCCACUAUGUUAAUUAAGCGAAUUAAUGUGGUACCAGACCAGCCUUCUGAGCGUGCCUUGAGACUAGUGGCCAGUUCAAAAAUUAAUAGCCGCUCAUUAACAAUUUUUGGGACAGGAGACACCCUAAAAGCCAUCACAAUGACUGCUAAUAGUGGUUUUGUCAGAGCUGCAAACAACCAGGGUGUUAAAUUUAGUGUGUUUAUCCAUCAGCCCAGAGCACUUACUGAGAGUAAAGAGGCUCUAGCCACCCCCUUACCAAAAGACUACACAACUGACAGUGAACACUAAAGAUACCCUUUAAAUAUUGUUAUGGAAGUAAGUUAUUUAUACCAAAGGCUGGGUCUUCCCAUCUAAACUGGUGGGAAAAAAAGGUCUAUAGUAAAAGAACUCUUAAACCAGUAGAGUUUCUUUGUGUCUCAUCUAAAGUAUAUAACCUCCCAAAGUAGAAAAAGCACAAGAGAGAAGCUUAUCUAUCAAACUGUCUGCAUUAGUGCAAUUAAGAACCGAAAUACAUCUAUAUAAAGCUUUCAGCUGUAUUGUAAUACUUUGUUUGAUUCGAUAGGGCUACAACCCCUACUGCUAACCACGUUUCAUGGAAUAUGGCUACAUUGCAUCUUGCAUUAAAUAUCUGGAUAAAAUUCAA